ACGGAAGACAAGACUUCAGAACUUGCUGUAGUGAUUGAGGGUUGAGUUUCUUCUUACAUUACACUUCAUGGUUCUAUCAAUAACUUUGAGGAAUAGUUUGAGUUUCAGAAUGCUGAAGAGAUCACGGUGUGCGGUCCAAAAAUUCCUCAACCUUAGAAGAUAUUCACCAAAUACAACAGAAACUCCAGCACCAAUUCUAGAAUGUUCAAGGUCACUAACUAACCCUCCACACAUAUGGAAUCAGCGGAUAUUUGUCAGGCAUGUCGGUUCCAGCCCCGCUUCGGUAGAAAAAGUUUCUCCUAAAAAGGAAAAACUUAAUUUUCCAGAAAGGACAGUUACUGUUUAUACUUGUCAGCAUAUUUAUGAAAAGUGGAGAAAGGACAAAAGCUUCAUUUACAUCCCUCAACACGGAGUUUUUGCUACUGUAACAUAUAUUGAUACACAUGGACUUAGGUUUGACAUUAAUCCCGAGAAGCCCCCAAAGACUGUUAUGUUUAUUCAUGGGAUUCCAGGCAACUAUCGAGUUUUCACUCGUUUAAUUAAUGAGCUUAGCCGAAAAGGAUUUCGUGUCAUUGUGCCAACAUUCCCAGCAACCUUAUACUUACCUGGGUUAUCUGGAGAAGAUCAGCUAUUUCGUCACACAGUCGAAGAAAAGGCUCAAGUUUUUAAAGACUUUUUAAAAGCUCUUCAAAUUUCAAAAUUGGAUUGUAUAAUAGCUCACAGCAGUGCGAUAUAUCCAGCUCUUAGACUUAUAUUAGAUCCUGAGUUGGAAGUCAAAGCUGAUGUUUUUUUCAACACAGGAGGACAUACAAACACAGUAACAAUGAAGCCAUAUGCAGUGGUAUGGCUAUAUUCCUACCUUUAUUUACAUCCAGUGGGAAGGCGAUUUGUUCAAAAAACAGGAAAAUUCAUAAUGAGAUACAUUCUCAGAUCACCAAUCAAGGAUGAUGAUUUCGAUGGCAUAAUGCUUCUAGCAAUUACAAUGGUGUUCGCGCGCGUUUGGGAAGCAGAGCAACAGUUUCAAGAGAUAGCCAAAAGAAAAAUCCCCACCCUCUAUUUUUUUAGUGAAGAUGAUAAAGUGGUGGAAAGAGAAUUAAGUUAUAAAGUCGUAGAACUGCUGAAUGCUCAUCAAGAAAAUAUCUCCUUUUAUGACAAGUAUGGAGAACUUGAAAGACCUGGAAAGGAACUGGAUUGGCUUACUUUGCUUUCGUUUGCUGAAGGUUCUCAUUAUGUGUUUCGAAAGUAUCCUGAGUUGUGUGCGGAGAAAGUUUUAGCGCAUUUGAAGAAAAUUGAAGAUAAAGAAUCGUGUAGAACUUAAUGAAGGAUUUAGGAGAUUUAUAUAUAAAAUUGUUUAUAAGAGCUGUGUACAAAGAAAUGAAGAGAAUAUUUAUAAUAUGUCUUUCACAAAGUUUUUACUUGAAGAGAUGAAUUUUGAAAUGACUUUUAACACUGUACGUAAGUUUACUGUUUAUACUCAUUUAUAUGUUCAGGUUUCCAAAAAUUUUAAAUCCUAACAACGGCAUUGUAAUAUUGUGAAUAUGUUUCAGUUUGUACUUUUUUA